AUGUCGACGACAGUGAAAGGGAAACACCCACGGGCAACCAGCAAUGUCAAGGCUGCUUGUCAGGGCUGUCGAGCGAGCAAGACCAAGUGCGAUGGAGUGCGACCUUCUUGUUCGAGAUGCAUUCAUCGAUCCACGCCUUGCACGUACGACACCGAACCGGACGAAUUUCGAAUUACUGCGUUGAAGCGAAAGUACGCGGAGGUCCAGCGGGAGUCGUCGGGCAGAGAACGUCUUCUCCGGAUGCUUCUUGAAGGUACCCACGAGGGCUCAAUCGCCAUACUCCAUCGGAUGCGUUCAAAGGAAAGCGACGAUGCCAUUCUCACAACACUAGACCGCGCUGACUGCCUGCCGGAAAAUCUCAUGCAGAUUGUCGAGGAACAGCCGGAGUCGAUACACAACGGAAGGCCGGAGCGAGAACCAUCACCAUCGCAGCUUCUGCAUGACCAUGUCCAAGGGAGACCGGAUAAUCGUCUUUCCAUUGCAUUUCUGUUGGGAAGACAGGCAAGCUUUCGAGCGUUGAGCGAGGGCGCUGAGAGCCAGUCAGCGACGCCUCGACCAGGAACGGCACAGCAGCAACUGGACAAGCGGAGGCGCCUGUCAGACAUCUUGCCGGAGAUGCUGCGACCUAUGUAUCAAACAUCAAUUUCUGCACCGRCGAGGCCAUCACCGGCGACCAGCGAUAUCGAGCCGCUGGUGCUAAAGCCAAUUGCGACGGACUACUCCUGGAUGCUUGGCCUCGAGAACGUUCGUGCCAUAGACUGGCAGGUCAGUUACGCCAGUGAUCUCAGCUUCCUCGAAAUGCUGAAUUGCUACUUUGCAUGGGAGAACUCUGUGAUGGAUCUCGUACAGGAGGAAGCGUUUUGGGAAGGUCUGAAAGCUGGAGGAUCCGACUUUUGCAACGUGUGUCUGGUUCACAGUGUAUUAGCGCUGGGCUCGAAGAUAUACGGUAUGUCACAUCCUGAGGGUGUACCCUCUCUAGACAAGCAGGCCUUGCACGAAGCCACUCGUUUUUGGGAUGUGGAGCCGCGGGAAGCCACUCCUGCCAACGUUUCAGCUGGUUUAUUGAUCCACGCAACAUUCGCUAGUAACGGACAGGACGAGAUUGGUGCGCCUUUCUUUACCGAGGCGAUGGAGCUGGCGCUGCGUUCUGGACUUUUCACAAAAGAGGGUGACACUCAGGGGCAUGCUGUAUCGAAUGCAAAAGAGGCCAGACACAGAGCUACUUUUGCGUGGGCAGUGUAUGCUCAUCAUGGACAACACAUUUUGAGCUUCAAUGGCGACCCCAUACUUCUGGAACAACCUGUCGUUGCCAUCCCGGCCAUCAGCGAGCCUGAAGACAGACGACAUUGGAUCCCAUUUCCCUUCACCACGCCAGAGCCACCAAGCAUGAGCAGCAGCAAAGCUCACGCUCGAGCCUCGCUGUGGCGUCUUGGAAACCGUAUCCUCCCCCUCCAUCGCAAGCACCAAUGCGGGUUUCUGAAUGGCGGCUAUUGGACUGAGGCACUGUGUCUCCACCAGGAAUUCGAACGUUGGCAUGUGAACCUUCCUCCCAGACUCGAUUUCCUCCACGCGACUCCGCCGCAUGUCUUAUGGCUUCACACUGACUACUAUCGCUGCGUGCUGGACAUCUUUCGACCCUUUGUUGCUGCACGCAAGAACAUCCUCUCUCCAUCGUUCGAGAUGGCCCAUCGACACACUUUGGCAUCACAAACCCAACUCCGCCUCUUGACCCAUCAAGUUGAGCUCCAAUACCCUCGAAUGCCCAUUGCACUAAGCGGUCUGGUCACACCGAUGCUGAUCGUCUGCAACGAUACCCUUCCACUCGCACUCUGCAAGGGUGACAGCUCAGAUGAAUGCUUCUACUUUUGUCUUUGUUUACGCUUGAUGUAUCGUAUGAUUGGUGCAUACCCAUUGAUGGCACCGUUGAUGCGCGGAAUCCAGCAGGUCGCGAGCCGAAAAGGGGUUGGAUUACCUCAGGAGGCGUGGGAUCUUUUGAAAAGCUUGGAGAGGGCAAAGAUGCCUGAUGUUGUUGUUCGAAGCAGAUUUCCGGUGGAUCUUGAUCUCGUGGCCACGGAUCUUCAUGCUUCGCAGUUGCAGAGUCUUGUGGAUGAAGCAGGCCAGCUUUCAAUUGCGUAA